GGCUGUCAAUCACUCGCGAUGGGGCGGGAUCCUCGGCCCGCUGUAACUGACGGGGAAACCAGCAACGUUCGUCAAGGUCUGAGCGACAGAACCGAGAAUUGGACUUAAAAUCAGCAUAAUGUCGGAUUAGUGAGGCUCUGGAGUUCGUAAAACACCGAUCGAGUGUGUUUACUGAGGAGGACCUCGAUGUUACAGGAAGCGGGGGAGGGAAGACCCGCAGCGACGCGCUGUUUUUAUCGUUAUAUAUUAUAUCUGGACUCGGUAUGAGCUAAAGCAGCGUUACCGUCGCAGUCUGUGUCUGUGGAGCUUCGUUCAACGCGAAUAAACGGCUGUUAACGGACACAAGCGCUAGCGGACGGAGUCGCAGGGCAGCUCUAUGCCAUGGAUUUAAAGACGGCUGUGUUCAACGCCGCCCGAGACGGCAAACUGAGACUCCUCCAGAAACUGUUAGAGAACAAGAGCGAUCACGAGGUGAUGAAGCUGAUGGCGGAGAAGACGAACGGAGCGACGCCGCUGCUGAUGGCUGCUCGGUACGGUCACCUGGAGCUGCUGGAGUACCUGAUCGAGUGCUGCUGCGCACCUGUGGAGGUGGGAGGAUCGGUGAACUUCGACGGCGAGAUCAUCGAGGGAGCGCCGCCGCUGUGGGCCGCCUCGGCCGCCGGACACCUGAAGGUGGUGCAGUCUCUGCUGGGACACGGCGCUUCUGUGAACAAUACCACUCUCACCAACUCCACGCCGCUGAGAGCCGCCUGCUUCGACGGACACCUGGACAUCGUCAGAUACCUGGUGGAGCACAAAGCAGAUCUGGAGGUGGCCAACAGACACGGACACACCUGCCUCAUGAUAUCAUGCUAUAAAGGACACAAGGAGAUCGCACAGUAUCUGCUGGAGAAAGGAGCCGAUGUCAACCGGAAAAGUGUGAAAGGGAACACGGCUCUACACGACUGCGCUGAGUCCGGGAGCUUGGAGAUCAUGAAGAUGCUCCUGAAGUACGGCUCCAGCAUGGAGAAGGACGGAUACGGGAUGACGCCGCUGCUCUCCGCCAGCGUGACGGGACACACCAACAUCGUGGAUUUCCUCACGCAGCACCCUCAGACCAGCAGAACGGAGCGCAUCAACGCUCUGGAGCUGCUGGGAGCCACGUUCGUGGAUAAGAAGAGAGACCUGCUGGGAGCGCUGAAGUACUGGAAGAGAGCCAUGGACCUGCGGCACAGCGAGCCCAACCACCUGCUCCUGAAGGACGAGCCCAAGCAGCUGGAGCCGGCCUACGAUUACAGCAAGGAGGUCAACUCCUUCGAGGAGCUGGACGGCCUGAUCGCUGACCCCGACGACAUGCGCAUGCAAGCGCUGCUGAUCCGAGAGCGCAUCCUCGGGCCCUCGCACCCCGACACCUCCUACUACAUCCGCUACCGGGGAGCCGUGUACGCCGACUCGGGCAACUUCGAGCGCUGCAUCAAGCUGUGGAAGUACGCUCUGGACAUGCAGCAGAGACACCUGGACGCUCUCAGCCCCAUGACCGCCAGCAGCCUGCUGUCCUUCGCCGAGCUCUUCUCCUUCAUGCUGCAGGACCGAGCCAAGGGUCUGCUGGGGACCUGCGUGUCCUUCCAGGAGCUGAUGGAGAUCCUCAGUAAGAGCGUGCUGGAGAUCGAGCGUGCCAUCAAGCAGACGCAGCCCGGCCCCGACCCAGCGCAGCUCAGCAAGGUGCUCUCCAUCAUCCUGCACCUCAUCUGUCUGCUGGAGAAGGUGCCGUGCACCGUGGAGCAGGACCACUUCAAGAAAGAGACCAUCUACAGGUUCCUGAAGCUGCAGGCCUGUGGGAAGAACGGCUUCAGUCCUCUGCACCUGGCCGUGGACAGGAACACCACCUGUGUGGGACGCUACCCCGUCUGCAAGUUCCCCUCCUUCCAGGUCACGUCCAUCCUGCUGGAGUGUGGUGCUGAUGUGAACAGCAGAGACCAGGAUGACAACAGUCCUCUGCAUGUGGCUGCGUCCAACAACCACCCCGACAUCAUGAAGCUGCUGAUCUCCUGCGGCACACACUUCGACAGCACCAACUCCCUCAAACAGACGGCCUGCGACCUGCUGGACCAGAAGGAGCUGGCCAAGAACCUGAUCCAGCCCAUCAACCACACCACGCUGCAGUGUCUGGCGGCGCGCUCCAUCAUCAGACACGGCCUGGUGUACCACGGGAACAUCCCCGAGCGGCUGGAGGCCUUCGUGCUGCUGCACAGGUAGUGCUCCCCAGGUAGUGCUCCGCAGAUGUGAGCAGAGACGCUGGGCUCGGGCUCAUCUCCCUCCAGCAUCAGGGCCGUAAAUCCAUGAGUUUUCUGAGAUCUUCUGAAUGCAUGUGGUUCUCUCUGGAGUUGGUUCUGAGCGUGGAUCUGAACAGCAGAUCUACUCGAUAGUGUUCAUGAAGAAGAGCUGAAGAGUCUGUAAUUUCACCUCGGCUCAGAAUGAGUUUAAUAUAAACACACACUUCUAAUUCACUCGAACCUUUAGAACUGAAUGAAUGGUUAUUUUAUGUUCGAGUGUGUACGGAUCUGGAGAAGAGCAGUGGUUUAUAAAGCAUGCAGUGUUCAAACCUAACCUCAGAAUCGACUCGAGAGACUUCAGAAGAUCUCAGGAUCGAUGUGGAAACACUUCUGGAUCCGUGAUGCAGUGAUUUAUUUCCCAGACCUGCUCGAUGUUUGCAGACACCAGAAGUGCUUUAUUCUUCCUCUGCACAGGCUGUGAUAUGGUUCUGUGUUUCUGGACUGUGCCACGUGUUCAUGCGAUGCCUGUUAGUUGUCCUCUUCCUCUCUGUCUCCUGAUCCGUCGAGGAACGCCUGCUCCAGGAAACACGGCUCUACUGAAUGUUUAACCUUUGACCUCCUCAUCAUCACACGACACCGUCAGAGUUAAUGACCAGCUCUGCGUUAGUGAUCAUGAUGAUGAUGAUGAAGAUGAUGAGGAGGAGGCAGUCUUCAGCUCGUGUAGUCUAACUUCAGCUUCAGCUACAUGUGUGUGGUUUGAACUCAAGGGCUUCAGAUUCUUCUUCAGGCACAAAACACUAGUAAAUGAAACAAAUGUACAGUCAAAGGACUUGCACUUUAUUGCAGUGAUAUUUGAUAUUCAUAUUAUGAUAGCAUAAAGCUUGUUGAUGUCCAUAGAGCAGAAUUGAUAAUAAACCUCUGUUGCACUCGA